GUCGCACGAGGCACAACCUUGGGUCAGCAUACGAAAGACCAACCCUGACUUGACACGCCAUUAUACGCCAGCUAAUUACGAUGAGGGUAGUUUCGUAAAUUAAGACAUAGCAGAUAACCCUUGGUUUGCUCUCUCGUUGAGCAAAAAAAAGAGGUGGAGCCAAGAAAGCAGGCAGAGAGAAGUAGGGUUGGUCAAUCGUAGCAUCCCCGGUGUGAGAUAGCCGUUUUUUCGGUAAUCAAGUGUUUGUUUUCUCAGGAUUCAUUAUGGUGAGGAAGAAGAGAACUGAUGGUCCAUCUGAAGGAGGUGAAGCAUCUGGUUCCCGUGAUGCUGCUCCAGCCUCAGGUGGUGGACGUGGUGGUUAUCAGCAGGGGAGAGGAGGAGGAGGAGGAGCAGGACAGCAGCAAGGUGGAAGAGGUUAUAGUCCUCAGUCUCAACAGGGAGGUCGUGGUGGUGGUCGUGGAUAUGGCCAACCACAACAGCAGCAGUACGGUGGUCCUAGAGAAGGCCAUACACCACAACAGCAGCAGCAGCAGUACGGUGGACCAAGAGGUGGCCAACCACCACAACAGCAGCAGUACGGUGGACCAAGAGGAGGUCAACCAUCACAACAGCAGCAGUACAGUGGACCAAGAGGAGGCCAGCCACCAUCACAGCAACAGUAUGGUGGACCAAGAGAAGGCCAGCCACCACAACAGCAGCACCAACAGUACGGUGGACCAAGAGGAGGACCUCCUCGUGGUGGUGGCCGUGGAGGUGCAUCCUCUGCUGGACUGCCGCAGAGACAAUCAGUUCCCGAGCUGCAUCAAGCUACCUUACCAACUUAUCAAGCGGUGUCUUCUCAGCCUACACCGUCUGAGGUGAGGCCUACUCAGAUGCCGGAUCCUCCUGCUCCGGUACAAGAAUUUGAACAGCUCUCUAUUGAGCAAGGAGCUCCCAGCCAAGCAAUCCAGCCCAUUCCAUCUUCCAGCAAAGCUUGUAAGUUUCCACUGAGGCCUGGUAAAGGACAGAUUGGCAAGCGAUGCAUUGUAAAGGCCAACCACUUCUUUGCCGAGUUACCUGAUAAAGAUUUGCACCAGUAUGACGUAACCAUUACUCCAGAAGUUACAUCAAGGGGUGUCAAUCGUGCUGUGAUGAAACAGUUGGUUGACUUGUAUCGUGAAACACAUCUUGGAAGGCGUCUUCCUGCAUAUGAUGGGCGAAAAAGUCUGUACACCGCUGGACCGCUUCCGUUUGUUUCGAAAGAAUUCAGAAUCUUACUUCAGGACGAGGAAGAAGGGGCUGGGGGACAAAGACGAGAAAGGGAGUUCAAAGUUGUGAUCAAGCUAGCUGCCCGUGCUGAUCUACAUCACCUAGGAUUGUUUUUACAGGGGAAGCAAGCUGAUGCCCCGCAGGAGGCUCUUCAGGUUCUUGACAUUGUUCUUCGUGAGCUGCCAACUUCAAAAGAGAGGUAUACUCCUGUGGGCCGGUCAUUUUAUUCUCCGGAUAUAGGAAGAAAGCAAUCAUUGGGUGAUGGCCUGGAGAGCUGGCGUGGAUUCUAUCAAAGCAUUCGUCCUACACAGAUGGGCUUGUCCCUCAACAUUGAUAUGUCAUCUACAGCAUUCAUAGAGGCACUUCCUGUUACCGAAUUUGUCUGCGAGUUGCUGAAUAGGGAUAUUAGAUCCCGGCCUUUAUCCGAUGCUGAUCGUGUCAAGAUAAAAAAGGCGCUUAGAGGUGUGAAGGUUGAAGUGACCCAUAGAGGAAACAUGCGCCGAAAGUAUCGCAUUUCGGGGCUGACCGCCGUGGCCACUCGAGAACUGACAUUUCCUGUGGAUGAAAGAAAUACCCAGAAAUCUGUUGUUGAAUACUUCUACGAAACAUAUGGCUUUCGCAUUCAGCACACGCAGCUACCAUGCUUGCAAGUUGGGAAUUCUAACAGGCCAAAUUAUUUACCAAUGGAGGUCUGCAAGAUUGUUGAGGGACAGAGGUACUCAAAAAGGUUGAACGAGAGACAGAUCACUGCUCUUCUGAAGGUGACUUGUCAGCGCCCCCAAGAACGUGAAAAAGAUAUCUUGCGGACAGUAGGGCUCAAUGAUUAUGAUCACGAUCCCUAUGCUAAGGAGUUUGGAAUCAAGAUAAGCGCAUCCCUUGCUUCUGUUGAGGCUCGAAUUCUGCCUCCUCCAUGGCUCAAGUAUCAUGAUUCUGGGAGGGAAGGGACUUGUCUGCCGCAAGUUGGACAGUGGAAUAUGAUGAAUAAGAAAAUGAUAAAUGGCGGUACAGUGAGCAACUGGAUUUGCGUCAACUUCUCUAGGCAAGUUCCCGACAAUUUGGCACGUACUUUCUGUCAGGAACUUGCUCAGAUGUGCCACACCUCUGGGAUGGCAUUUAAUCCGGAACCAGUCCUUCCACCAGUCAGUGCUCGCCCUGAGCAAGUCGAGAAAGUCUUGAAAACUCGAUAUCAUGAUGCCAUGGCCAAGCUCUCUAAAGGAAAAGAGAUUGAUCUCCUUAUUGUCAUUCUCCCAGACAAUAAUGGAUCCUUAUAUGGUGAUCUGAAGCGCAUCUGUGAGACUGAACUCGGCAUUGUGUCUCAGUGCUGCCUGACUAAGCAUGUCUUUAAGAUGAGCAAACAGUAUAUGGCUAACGUCGCUUUGAAAAUUAAUGUCAAAGUUGGAGGAAGGAAUACUGUACUUGUUGAUGCCUUAUCUAGGCGAAUUCCUCUGGUCAGUGAUCGCCCCACCAUAAUCUUUGGUGCUGAUGUAACACAUCCUCAUCCUGGAGAGGACUCAAGCCCGUCCAUUGCUGCCGUCGUCGCUUCCCAAGACUGGCCUGAAAUUACGAAAUAUGCUGGCUUGGUUUGUGCUCAAGCGCAUAGACAGGAGCUCAUUCAGGAUCUCUUCAAAGAAUGGAAGGACCCGCAGAAAGGGGUAGUGACCGGUGGCAUGAUUAAGGAGUUACUUAUCGCCUUCCGUAGAUCAACUGGUCAUAAGCCGUUAAGGAUCAUAUUCUACAGGGAUGGAGUCAGUGAAGGACAGUUUUAUCAGGUUUUGCUCUAUGAGCUUGAUGCCAUCCGCAAGGCAUGUGCUUCGCUGGAAGCAGGUUAUCAGCCACCAGUGACGUUUGUGGUGGUGCAGAAGCGCCAUCACACAAGACUAUUUGCUCAUAACCACAAUGACCGCAAUUCAGUGGACAGAAGUGGAAACAUAUUACCAGGAACCGUCGUGGAUUCCAAAAUCUGUCACCCCACUGAGUUCGACUUUUACCUCUGUAGCCAUGCUGGUAUUCAGGGCACUUCCCGACCUGCUCAUUACCACGUUCUUUGGGAUGAGAACAACUUCUCUGCAGAUGGACUCCAGUCUCUGACCAAUAACUUAUGUUACACGUAUGCGAGAUGUACUCGUUCUGUAUCCAUUGUGCCGCCCGCGUACUAUGCUCAUCUAGCAGCGUUCAGGGCUCGGUUCUACAUGGAGCCAGAGACGUCAGACAGUGGUUCGAUGGCUAGCGGGAGCAUGGCACGGGGAGGUGGUAUGGGUGGUAGAAACACACGUGGUGGGCCACACGUGAACGCUGCAGUGAGACCACUCCCACCUCUGAAAGAUAAUGUGAAGCGCGUGAUGUUCUACUGCUGA